AAGGAACAGAAACUUUGAGCUGAGAAUGGAAGCCAGAACUUCCACCCAUGCCCGGAAGAGGCUGUGGGAUACACUGUCAGGGGAGUAUAUGGAAUGGACAAGAGUCUUCCGUGGAGACGGCCUGCACACCUCCAGCAUGAACCCUGCUCAUCUUCUUCUGUUACUUUUAUACCUCCACUUGAGUUCCUGCGAGCGCCUUUUCACAUCGGGGCCGCCUCAGGAGGAUCUGGUGGACCGGAAGUGCUUGCUGAACAAAUACACGCUCCGCUCCUGUAACAAAGUCUUCUGCCAGCCGUGGCAGAAAUGUGUCGACGGAACCUGUGUCUGCAAGCUCCCUUACCAGUGCCCCAAGAACGGCACCCCAGUGUGUGCCACCAACGGAAAGCAGUUCCCCACGUACUGUCACCAGAAGAGUUUCGAAUGUCUAAAUCCAGAGACGAAGUUCUCAAAUAAUGGAACAUGCACAGAUGGAGGAAAAUUUAAUGUUUCCUUAAGUUAUGGAUCUACAGAUGCAGAGGGAAUUGUUCAAGUCAAACUUGUGGACCAAGAUGAGAAAAUGUUCAUAUGUAAAAAAAGCUGGAGCAUAAAGGAAGCCCAUGUGGCCUGCUUUGACCUUGGAUUUCAACAGGGUGCUCUUGUCACACAAAGACCGUUUAAUAUACCUGGAAAUCUCCAUAUAAACCGCACCGAAUGCCUGCAUGUACGUUGCCGGGGAGUAGAGACCAGUUUGGCGGAGUGCACCUUUAUCAAGAGAAGAACUAACACUUUCCAGGGCUUAGCCGAUGUAGUGUGUUACACACAGGAUGCAGAUUCUCCAACCAAUCAGUCCUUCCAGUGUGUGAACGGGAAACACAUUCCUCAGGAGAAAGUGUGCAAUGGUGUCGAUGAAUGUGGAGAUCAAAGUGAUGAGCUGUGUUGCAAAGGUUGCCAAGAAAAUGCUUUCCUUUGUAAGUCGGGCGUCUGCAUUCCAAAGCAAUACAAGUGCAAUGGCGAAGUGGACUGCAUCACUGGAGAAGAUGAGAGUGAUUGUAAAGAAGCCAGACAUCCUCAAACUCAUGAAGGACUUGCACGUUCAAAUCAACGAGAGGGAACUGAAGAAACAGAAAUUUUGACUCCCAAUAUGGACGCAGAGAGACGACGGAUAAAGUCCUUGUUACCUAAAGUAUCCUGUGGAGUCAAAAGAAACACACACUCUCGAAGGAAAAGAGUGGUUGGAGGGAAGCCAGCAGACGUGGGAGACUACCCGUGGCAGGUGGCAAUUAAGGAUGGCGAAAGAAUCACCUGUGGGGGAAUUUAUAUUGGUGGCUGUUGGGUUCUGACUGCUGCACACUGUGUCAGACCCAGUAAAGCUCCCCAUUACCAAAUAUGGACGGCGUUAUUAGACUGGCUAUCUCCUAACGCUGAGGUGACAGUCCGAAGAGUGAGCAGAGUUAUUGUUCAUGAGAACUAUAACGGAGCCACCUACCAAAAUGACAUAGCUUUGAUUGAAAUGAAAAAGUUUCGAGGCAAGAGAGAAUGUGAGCUUCUUAAUUCUGUCCCCGCCUGUGUCCCGUGGUCUCCGUAUCUAUUCCAACCAAAUGAGAAAUGCAUCAUCUCUGGAUGGGGUCGAGAGAAAGAUAACCAAAAAGUCUACUCACUUAGGUGGGGCAAAGUGAACCUGAUAGGCAACUGCUCUCAGUUUUCAGAUCGCUACUAUGAAAAAGAAAUGCAAUGUGCAGGUACCGAUGAUGGGUCCAUCGAUGCCUGCAAAGGAGACUCUGGAGGUCCCUUGGUCUGCAUGGAUGUCAACAAUGUGACUUAUGUUUGGGGCAUUGUGAGUUGGGGUGAAAACUGUGGAAAACCAGAAUUCCCAGGUGUUUACACCAGAGUGGCUAAUUAUUUUGACUGGAUUAGCAAUCAUGUGGGAAGAUCCCUUAUUUCUCAACAUAAUGUCUGAAGCUAUGACCUCCUUCUUUCCACAGUUAUUAAUUCAGGAGUCAUGUUUCAAUUAAAAUAAAGCUGUGUAAUUAUUUCUCAGAGCUGGCAAGAAGCAAGCUUACUGGCCAGUUCCAAAGGGUUCUUCAAAGUGUAUGCCAUUUUAGAAUACUGCUGUAUACUUUCCAAAUAAAUAUUCUGCUUAAGCAUACGA